AAUGCUUUUGUGCGGACGUGAACCCCACCAAUCAAAUUCACUUCAAUCCUCUUCUUCAUCUCCAACCCCUCUCUCUCGCUCUCUCUCUCUGUCUCUCCCCGUUUCCAUUUCCUGAACUCAACGAGACCUCAUACUCAAAAUUCCAAAACUCGUCUGUGAAACAAGGAUCGACAAGCUCAAAACGACGACGUUAGACCCCGCCGAUGGUCUGAGAACCUCCGACGAACACCAAGUCAACUCAGUUUCCGGCGAUGGCGAUCGACGAUCAGAAAUCGUCGUCCGACGGUAAAAUCUUGGGGUUGUUUAAGCUACCGUUUCGGCAAUCGGUGAAUUCGCAUUCUACGACGUCGUCUUCGUCUUCGUCUCACAUUGCUCAUCAUCAGAGUUCACAGGUCGAAGGAUCGAAUCCACACAGCAACACUUCAAGCUCAAGCUCGAGCUCGGUCUCGUCUGCGGCCAGAUCUCUUCUUCCGACACGACGUCGUCUUCGCCUUGAUCCGUCGAACAAGCUCUACUUCCCUUAUGAACCUGGUAAGCAAGUGCAGAGCGCUAUCAGGAUUAAAAAUACAAGCAAGUCUUAUGUAGCGUUCAAGUUUCAAACAACGGCGCCAAAAAGCUGUUUCAUGCGUCCUCCAGGGGCUAUUCUUGCUCCUGGUGAGACUAUCAUAGCAACUGUAUUCAAGUUUGUGGAGCCUCCAGAGAACAAUGAAAAACCAUUGGAUCAGAAGAGCAAAGUGAAGUUUAAGAUUAUGAGCCUAAAGGUGAAAGGAGUGAUGGACUAUGUGCCUGAGCUGUUUGAUGAGCAAAAGGAUCAAGUGGCAGUAGAGCAGAUAUUGCGUGUUGUUUUUCUUGAUGUGGAGCGUCCUACCCCUGCUCUGGAAAAACUUAAGCGCCAGUUGGCUGAGGCUGAGGCUGCACUCGAGGCUCGCAAAAAACCUCCAGAGGAUACCGGCCCAAAGAUUAUUGGUGAAGGACUUGUCAUUGAUGAAUGGAAAGAACGAAGAGAAAGAUACCUUGCACGACAGCAGGUUGAAGACUCUGUUUAAAUUGGAGCUUUGUUCUACUUUCAAGUGCUUUACCGGGAGUGAAAAAAGUUUAAGAGUCUGCCUUUGCUUGAUGAGUCAUUUUCUACCUGUUAUCUUUUGGCUUAGUGCAACGGAUGUUCUGUUCAAAGAGUUUGGUCAAGGCUAUUAUUUUCUCAUGUAAAAGACGCGAGUUGGAUCUUGUAAAAGGUAUUACUUGGCGUGUUGCCACCAACCUGUAGAUAUAAUGAAUUACUUCUUCGAUAACAAAUAUUGUUCUCUAUGGGAUGUAAGGCACUAAAUCGUUCUUGUUUAUAAGCUCAUGCAUUGUGAUUCAGUUUGGUUUGAAAAUUACCUUCA